AUGACCUGUGGAUCGUCUUGCUGUAGCUCCCUUAGGGGAGUCUGCAAAUCCAGUUCCUGCGUGACCACUCAAGGAUGCAGUUCUGGCCGCACCUUCAGCUGCAUCUCUGCCUGCGGGCCCCGGCCCGGCCGCUGCUGCAUCACCGCCACCCCCAGCUACGGCAUCUCCUGCUACCACGGCCUCAUCGCAGGCUUCGGCAGCCGCAGUGUCUGUGGGGGCUUCCGCGCCGGCUCCUACCACAGCUUCGGGUACCACUCUGGCGGCCUGUCCCGCCCCAGCCUGCCCUGCAUCACCACCGUGUCGGUCAACGAGAGCCUCCUCGCGCCCCUCAACCUGGAGAUCGACCCCAAUGCGCAGUGUGUGAAGCACGAGGAGAAGGAGCAGAUCAAGAACCUCAACAGCAGGUUUGCUGCCUUCAUUGACAAGGUGCGCUUCCUGGAGCAGCAGAACAAGCUGCUGGAGACCAAGCUGCAGUUCUACCAGAACCGCCAGUGCUGUGAGAGCAACCUGGAGCCACUGUUCAAUGGCUACAUCGAGACACUGAGGCAGGAGGCUGAGCGUGGGGAGGCUGACAGCGGGAGGCUGGCCUCGGAGCUCAACAGCGUGCAGGAGGUGCUGGAGGGCUACAAGAAGAAGUAUGAAGAGGAGGUCGCCCUGAGGACCACGGCAGAGAAUGAAUUUGUCAGAAUCAAGCAGGAGGUUAACGGUGCCUAUGUGCGCAAGGGAGAUCUGGAAGCCAAUGCCCAUAGCCUGGUAGAGGAGGUGGGCUUCCUGAAGACCCUGUAUGAGGAGGAGAUGAGAGUUAUGCAAGCCCACAUCUCAGACACCUCGGUCAUUGUCAAGAUGGACAACAGUCAGGACCUGAACAUGGACAGCAUUAUCGCCGAGAUCAAGGCUCAUUAUGACGACAUUGCCAGCCGCAGCCGGGCUGAGGCUGAGUCCUGGUACCGCAGCAAGGUGAUUGAGAUCAAGACCACGGUGACCCGGCACGGGGAGACCCUGCGCCGCACCAAGGACGAGAUCAACGAGCUGAACCGCAUGAUCCAGAGGCUGACGGCCGAGAUCGAGAAUGCCAGGUGCCAGAACUCCAAGCUGGAGGCUGCAGUGACCCAGGCGGAGCAGCAGGGCGAGGCGGCCCUUAAUGAUGCCAAGUACAAGCUGGCGGGGCUGGAGGAGGCCCUGCAGAAGGCCAAGCAGGACAUGGCCUGCCUGGUGAAGGAGUACCAGGAGGUGAUGAACUCCAAACUGGGGCUGGACAUCGAGAUUGCCACCUACAGGCGCCUGCUGGAGGGUGAGGAGCAGAGGCUGUGUGAAGGCAUCAGUGCUGUGAACAUCAGUGCGAGCAGCUCCCUGAGUGGAGUCGUAUGUGGGGACCUUUCAGCCACCCGCACCUGCGGCAUCAAGUUCUGUAGGAUGGGAGCCUGUGGCAGCAGCUGGAAGAAGUGCUAA